AUGGCUAUCCCAGUGUUUCUUUUCUUUUUCACAAUUUACUUGAGUAUUAUUAUUGGAAAUGUUGCAGUAAUUCGUGUGAUAAUUGUCAAUCGAUAUUUACACCAGCCAAUGUAUGUAUUUCUAUGUAACAUGUCUGUCUGUGAUUUAAUUGGAAGUACUGCUUUGUUGCCUAGACUGAUGGCGGAUUUAUUCGCUGAGGAGAAGUCCAUCUCCUUUGGACUUUGCGUUAUGCAAGCGUUUUGUAUUCAUUUCUAUGGCACAGCUUCCCAAUUAAUAUUGAUCGUGAUGGCCUAUGACAGGUACAUUGCUAUCUGUGACCCGCUGCGGUACAGCUCGAUACUAACAGGGACAGCUCUGAUCAAACUGUGCUGCUUUGCGUGGGGAGGUGCGUUCAUUCUAGUUGCCGUUAUGCUCGGACUAACAGCUAGGCUUCCGAGGUGCGGGACAAAAAUAUUGAUAGUAUUUUGUAACAAUUCUUCCCUCUUUUCACUGUCCUGUAUAGACACAUCUUUGAAUAACAUUUACGCAUUGGCGACAACUUAUUUUCUUAGUAUCUUUUCGUUCUUGACAAUCAUUUGGACAUAUGGUAAAAUUCUCCAUUGCUGUUUAAAUAAAAAUGACAACCGCAGCAAACGGAAAGCCAUUCACACCUUGGUGCAGUCAGCAGUAUUUAGGAAAGUCUCAGCUGACGGACCAGUAAAUGAUUCUGGAGACAUUCCAUGGGAUGGAGGAGGAGAUUCAAAAGUUGAAACUUCAGGUCAUAAAUCAAAAGAGUACAAUAGUUAA